UUUAGCUUGUUGACAAAGCCCUUGAAGAGCCGAAGUACAGCCAAUUAUAUGCUCAGCUGUGUUUGCGCUUAUCACGGGAUGCACCAAAUUUUGAAGACUUGUCAGUAGAAAGUCAAGGAAAAACAAAGGCAGAACACAACCUUCAGAAGGCUCCUGAUUUCCAAGCUUCAGGAUGAGUUUGAGAACCGUGCCAGAAAUGUUGAAACCUUUGACAAACGUGGCAGUCCACUCACCGCUGAAGAAGAGGAGCAACACACUGUUGCCAAGAUCAAGAUGUUGGGCAACAUCAAAUUCAUUGGGGAACUUGGCAAACUCAAUCUUAUCCACGAAUCUAUCCUUCAUAAGUGCAUCAAAACACUUUUGGAAAAGAAGAAUAGAGUCCAACUUGAUGAGACUGUGGAGGAUUUGGAAUGCCUCUGUGAGAUAAUGAAAACAGUAGGCUCUAAGCUUGAUCAUGACAAGGCUAAGUCUUUAAUGGAUCAGUACUUUUGCCGCAUGAACUCCUUGGCAAAUAACAAAGAGUUGCCUUCAAGGAUUCGGUUCUUGCUGCAGAACAUAGUAGAGCUGCGACAGAAUGGCUGGGUAGCUCGUGAGGCUUUUGUUGACAGUAGGCCAAAGACAAUCAACCAAGUUCAUCAGGAUGCAGCAAAGGAUUUAGGAGUAUUCAUUCCACGUUCAGUUGAUGGAAUGAAGAUGGACUUCUUGACAGACAGUUCUUUCCUUCCAGUAAGGAACAAGUUUGACCGGGAAAUAUUUGGAGGGUUGGCUGACAUGUUUGGACAAAUACCUGGAAGUGAAAUAGGUACUGGUCCAGGAGUCAUUCAGGAUCACUACUCCCCCACCAUGGGACAUCACUACUCUCCCCCGAUGGGACGUCACCGCUCCAGCCCACUCUUCAAUGGUGAUUCAUACCAAUUUGAAGUGGGGCACAAACCUUUCAUGAAAUCAAGCCAGGGGCAGAAGUCUCCAGUUUUCAAUCAGAAACAGCAUCACUCAAAGUCUAGGGAUGCAAGUCCACGAUUCAUAAAAAAGGGGAGGCUCAGCCCUGAUGAGAUCAGUCUGAGGCCAGCACAGACCUUCAACAUGAAUAAAAAUCAAGUGCCAAAGCAGCAGCCACAGAUGACACGGAUGAGUACUCAGAGUACACAAGCCCCUCAGCUAGGACAGUUUGGACUUAAAGCAAAUAUAGUUCCAAUUCAAGAAAAACCUUCCCGAUCCAACAAAAAGGCACCUCCUACAAAGGAAGAUCUGCUGAAAAUGACUGAGAACAUAGUGGCAGAUUUCCUCAAGGAGAACAACGUGGAUGAGGCAGUACGUGGUGUAAAGCAGAUGAAGACUCCCAAGCACCUUUUGUCUGAGAUACUUGUUAAGAUUGUGGCAUGUACCCUUGAUUGUCCUGCUGAGGAUAAGAAACAUGCAGGCACCCUGAUCCACGCACUGUGCAGAGAGGGCCUCUUCACUGGUGAAGAUCUAAUCCAGGCCAUUUUGAGUAUCCUGGAGCAUGGCCCUAAUGCUGAGGAAGAAAUCUCACCGGUGAAGUCUUACCUGGCGCAAGUUGCUGCUCAGGCUGUCUCUGAAGAAGUGGUCAGCAUAGCAGAUUUGGCACAUCCACUGGAGAAUGGUGCUCAUUUCCCCUUGUUCCUAAUUAGCCUGCAGGAGGUAGUCAAGCUGAAAGACUGUGAUUGGCUGAGCAAGGAGUUCCAACAGAGCAAGGUCAACAUGCAGAAGAUGCUACCUGAGAUGAGCCAAAAUAAGGACAAAAUGCUUGAGAUCUUGGAGAGCCAAGAUCUGAGUUUUUUGUUCCCACUGAUGAAAGUCGAGAAGCAGCUGUUGAAGCAGAUCAAAGUAGAUCCAUCCCCACAGUCCAUCUGCAAGUGGAUCAGGGACAACAUUUCUCCAAAACUCCACACCGACAAGGGCUUCAUCAACCUCCUCAUGACCAGUCUCUUGCAGUACAUUACUGAGGAGAUCAGUGUUCAUGAAGAGCAGCUUGCAACACCAACUAAGGAGCAGCUAGAAGAGGAGAAGCAGCUGCUGCUGGCUGUAAAGCCGGUCCUGCAGACCUUCCUGCACAAUCGCACCAACCUGCAGUUCAGCGCCUUAUAUGCCUUACAGGUCCACUGCAAUACCAAAGGAUUCCCCAAAGGCAUGUUGCUGCGUUACUUCAUGCACCUGUAUGACAUGGAAAUAAUUGAAGAAGAAGCCUUUCUUUUGUGGAAGGAAGACAUCACCCAAGAGUUCCCAGGAAAGGGGAAAGCUUUAUUUCAGGUGAACCAGUGGUUGACAUGGUUGGAGACCGCAGAAGAAGAGUCUGAAGAUGAGGAUUAUUGAGGAACAUAUCAAAGCUUUGUAAAACAUUGACACUUGUUGCACUUUGUGCCUUGGGUGGUUUGAACUUCAUCCCUUGGACAGUUAAAUUUUCUAACCACUGUUACACAAUCAAAAUGUUUUUCUAGUGACCACUUUUAGUAUGUUUUUGAAUGCACUGAUCAAAUUAGAUUUUUUUUUUUAUGUGGUGUUUUUGACAUUUCAUCUACUAUACUAAAUGUUUUGACAGUAGGUAGUAUUUUGUCCAUAAAGUUGAAGCUUGAUCUCCCCCCACUUUUCUGCAGUGCUCACAUUGUACGUUUGAAAACCAUUUCCUCUGUCAGAUCAGUUCUGCGUGUGCCAACUUCAGCCACCUGCAGCUCCAGACAUGACGUUGCCUUCUGAACGUAAAGGAAUUAUAGCUGCUACGUACAAUCUUGUUUAGUCGGAGUUUACAGACAAAUGACUAAAUAUAUUUUAAUGGGAUUUAUUACACCUGGAGUUUUUUAACUUAACUAUUUAAUCGUCUUUCAAAUCCACUGUACAUCAUGGGUUUUUGCAAUAGAAAAGCAUUGAUUUGCUAAUUUACAUGUUGCAGUUGUUGGAUGGAAAAAUUUUGAAAGAAUCGUUUUCUUGUUUAAAAAUGAACCAGUUUGCAGAUGUCUGGAUCAGUGAAGCGUGCUUCAUUGUGUGCAUAAAACUUUGUGCCAUGUUUAAAUGAAAGUUAGUGGCCUUUAAUAUAUCUAUUCAUAUAUGAGUACCUCUUGUAUCAUGGGCUGUACUUGAAUGUUUUGAGGUUUGUUUGUAGGUUUUAUUUUUUAAUCUUUUUACAUGGUUGUGCAUUAGUGCAUAUUCUGUAUAGCAGUAUCACUGUAAUGCCUAGUCAUUUGAAGACUAUUACUGUGCAACUACAGAUUGCCCGUCAAUAAAGUUUAAAUUAAUUCUUAA